AUGACCCUGGAGAACCUCGGCAUCCCCACGGUGGUGGUCUGCACCGACCCGUUCCUGGACUCGGCCUUCCGCCACGCCCGCACCUUUGGCCGCCGCGACUUCCACCCACUGGGCAUUCCCCAUCCCUUGGGCAGUCUGACGGCCGACCAGGUCUCGGUCCGCGCCGGGGAGUUGAAACAGGCGGUUAUCGAUACGCUGACAACCUACUAG